AUGAAGACAGCUCGGAGAGUCAGGACGCGCAAGGUCCAGUGUCCCUUCUGUCCCAAGACGUUUACACGCACUGAGCAUCUGCAGCGACACCUCGGGUCUCAUGGAGUGGGAAAAGCUGUCGAAUGUCCUGAGUGUGGAAAGGAGUUCAUGCGCAAAGAUGUGAUGAAGCGCCAUCUUUCCAAAUGCCAGCUCAAACUGAAGCCGAGCAGUCAAUCCGUCCACAGCACAAAUAUCCCAAAUAAACCAAAUAUACCGCAGCAGGACAACCUCCCUGACGAACUCAGCGACACCCCGACUCUCCAGCCAGGCACCUCAACAACCCAAACCCAAUCCAGCGCCGAAACCCAGUUCCUAAUUCCUGAGACACCCACGAGCGAUACAAUCUGGAACGAUCUGAACUUUGAAAGCGUGCAAUUCCUGUUCGACCCGACGUUCUUGGACCGAGACGAGGAUACCCGCUUGCAGCAGAUCGCGCCGAGUGGGUUCGGGGUGCCGUGCAUCAAUAUCGACCCGGCUGAUACGUUUAAUUUUCUGGAGAGGAUUUCCGAAUCGUCUUCGCUUGAGAGCCGAUACGCGUGCUCGCUGUAUGAGAGGGAGUGGGCGAGCCGGGAGUUGGAAACAUCGGUUGCAGCUGUGAUUCCAGAGAAUUCUGUAGCUAUUCACUCGUUGGAUCGAAUCUGCCCUCUAAUCGAGACAGCACACGAAAUCGUGCAGCAAAUAGAAGCCGUUUCCCAGACGUCUGCGAUAACACACAAAUGGACAUCGCAGCUAGAAAAAGAUUGCACCCGCUUCUUCAGUCCCCGGAACAUCGAGCGCUUCAUCCGCAUCUACUGGAUCGCAUGGCAUCCGCAUUACCCGGUCAUCCACAAGCCAACAUUCUGCACAGCAGAUACCCCCGUCCAUCUCACGGCGGCAAUGUGCAUCAUCGGCGCAUGCUUCUCGCCGAACGAGAAUGACCGGAUCAAUGCGAAACUGUGGCUGAACAGCGUCGAGGAAAUGGUGUUUACGAAUCCGUAUCUUGGGGACAUUAUACUUCUUGACGAGGCGACUGUUAAUGUCCGUGAGAUUGUGCAGUUGCUUCAGGCGGCGUACUGUGUUUCGACCUUUCAGAUUAGCGAGGGGAGUAAAGUUAGCCAGAGGCGGAUUCGGAGACAGCGGUUUAAUAUGGUUGUUUCUUUGGCAAGAGACCUCAACCUCUUCAACAUCACACAUCGGAAUCUCGACAAUCUACACGAGAAUGACUUUUGCUGGGCCAGUUUCGUUGCAAAUGAGGAGUGUAUCCGGACAAUGCUCUUCGUCUACAUCCACGACACAGCCUUUGCAAUCUUCACCAACUACCCACCCCGCACAAGAAUCCAGGAGAUGUCCCUAGACAUGGCGUGUCCAGAGGCAUGCUUCCAAGCGUCCUCGUCCCGGGAAUGUUUCGCAGCAAUCAAAACAUGGACAUCGCACCCGCUGUGGAAAUGCAGAAUGGGGCUGCGCGAAGUCGUCGAGGUCGUCCUUUGCUCGGAUAUAGCCACCGCUCCUGAAACUGAAAUCCUGGAAUACCUGUCCCAUUUGGGGAUUUUGAAUUUGUGGAUUGUUUGUUCUGCUUUAAUAUCUGAAACACUCCAGAUAAACACCCUCUUUAGCGCAAACACCCAGAUCCACCUGCAGCCUAUGCGGCGCGCAAUCCAUAAUUGGAAGAUCGCGUGGAACCAGCGGUACCUGAUCCAGGACAAUUUCGGGCUGCCGAAGGAGGAAGAAGGAGGACAAGAGCAAGAUCGUAUUCGUAUUCCUGCACACCCUGAGGAUUCCUGGCGCCGCGUAGGGUUUUUUCGGAAUGCGUCGGAGUAUUGGCUGCUUGUGCAUGUGUUGAUAGAGAGGGUUGAGGAGCAGCAGAGGGGGAGGGGUGGUGGGAAUGGGAAUGGGAUUGGGAGGCCGUAUACGCCGUCGAGGUGCGAUGAGGCGGCGAUGGUUGAUUUGAAGAACCUGAUCGCGGAGCAUCAUCGGGGUCUUGGGUUUGGAUGA